AUGUCUAGUGCUAAUUCAGUAUCGAGAAAAAUGUCUCGAAAUGAUAGUAAUGAAAAUAUUGAUUCUUCAAAUAAUCAAGAAGUUAUAAGUAAUAACACAAUUAGUGAUAGUGAUGGUAUAAACUCACUUCAUUCAGAUGAUACUAAUACUCAAAUUCAUAAACCUAAAAAUGUUAGAUUUGACGAACCAACAACAUCAAAUCAAAAAAAUAGUGAAACUAAUUCAAUUGCAUCCAUUAAAAAUUUUUUUAGAACUAGAUCAAAUAGUGAUCAAAUCAAUCCACCAUCAAAUGAUGAUAAUUCUUCAAUUAGAAGAAGAAAAAAAAGAAUGAGGAGAUCAAUUCAUCCAGGAAUGAGAAACUUAAGAGAUAUUCAUUCAGAAAAUGAAAGUGAUGAUGAAAAUUUUGUAUCAAAAAUUGUUAAUAGUAUUGCUCAAGGUGGUUUAGCUCCAGGUUUCAUCGAUAAUGAUUUACCAAAAGUUCAAGAUAUUGAAAAUGAUAUUCCAAUGGUUGAUUAUAGAGAAGCCGCCAGAGAAAUUAUUGGCUCACAUUCAAAUCAUAAAUUACCAGAUAUUGAAACUGAUACAGAUAUGGAUGAUGCUUAUAGUGCUUAUACUGACACAACACAUGAGACAAGAUCAACUGAUUCAUCACUAGGUAAGGAAUCAAAUAAAGAUGAUUUUAAUGCACCUGCAAUGAUUCAUUUCGAUGAUAAUAAUGGUCUAGAUUCUGAUUCCGAUGAUGAUGAAGAAUACGAUGCAUUGAUGGGAGAAGAUGGAUAUGUUGCCCCACCUAAAACUGUUAAAGGUGGUGUUUUAGGCUCUUUAUUAAAAAUGUAUCAAAAUGAAGAUUUAAAAGAUAGUAGAUCAACAACGUCAAUCUCAGGAAUUAGUGAUACAACUGAUGCUAUAAUGUCAUCAUCGGAUUUAACAACAAAUGAUUUAAAAUCAGAUGUUGAUACUCAUACACUUGAACAUCCAAAUAAUAAAAAAACAGGAUCCUCAUCAGAAGAACUGUUACCACCAUUAAGUAAAAAAAUGAGUCAAUCAAAGAAAGAUAAGAAUGCAACCAAGAAAAAAAUUAGUGCUAAUAAAUUAAGGAAAAAAUUGAAAAGAAAGAAAGCUUCGUUAGCAAAAAUUACAAUUCAUAUUGCAGAUUUAUUACAAAGACAUAGGUUUAUUUUGAGAAUGUGUAAAGGCUUAAUGUUAUAUGGUGCACCAACCCAUCGUCUUGAAGAAUAUAUGAUCAUGACUUCAAGGGUUCUUGAAGUCGAUGGUCAAUUUUUAUACAUCCCGGGGUGUAUGAUUGUAUCAUUUGGUGAUGCAACUACAAGAACCUCAGAAGUUCAAUUGGUAAGAUGUUCUCAGGGUUUAAAUUUAUGGAAAUUACAUCAAGUUCAUUCAAUUUACAAAAAAGUCCUUAAAGAUGAAAUGGGCGCUGAUGAAGGGAAUAUUCAAAUCGAUAAAGUCAUUUCUGAUCCAAACUUAUAUCCACCUUGGUUACGUGUUUUCUUAUUUGGGUUUUGCUCUUCCAUGGUCACACCUUACGCUUUUGGUGGCCAUUGGGUCAAUCUUGCUGUUACCUUUUUUAUGGGGUCGUGUGUCGGUGCAUUACAAUACGCUUUUGCUCAAAGAUCAAGUGUAUACUCGAACGUUUUUGAAAUUACCGCUUCAAUUGUCGUUAGUUUUUGUGGUAGAGCUUUUGGUUCUAUUCCAAACUCCAACAUCUGUUUUGGUUCAGUCACACAAGGUUCUUUGGCAUUGAUUUUACCAGGUUAUAUCAUUUUAUGUGGUUCAUUAGAAUUACAAAGUAGAAAUCUAGUUGCCGGCUCUGUUAGAAUGUUUUACGCCAUUAUUUAUUCUUUAUUUUUAGGGUUUGGUAUCACUUUAGGUGCGACUUUGUUUGGUUGGAUGUAUAGUGGAGCAUCCAAUGAAACAUCAUGUGGUCAGCCUAUCUCCCCUUGGUAUAGAUUUCUGUUUGUUCCAGCGUUUGUGAUAGGUAACUCAAUGUUAAAUCAAGCAAGAUGGUCUCAAUUACCCGUCAUGGUAACAAUUGCAUGCAUAGGAUAUGUUGUUACAUAUUUUGCAGGAAAACAUUUUGAAAGUUCCACAGAAUUUACCGCCGCAUUGGCAGCUUUUGUCAUUGGUGUCCUCGGAAAUGUAUAUGCCAGAGUUUGGAAAGGGUUAGCUGUAUCUGCAAUGUUACCUGCCAUUUUUUGUCAGGUUCCAUCUGGUGUAGCAUCUCAAAACUCCCUUCUGUCGGGUUUGCAAAGUGCAAAUAAGAUCGUUAACGGUAAUACAACCACUAUAAUUACGGAUAACGAUUUAACAAAAUCAAUGUCUUUUGGUAUUACUAUGAUCGAGGUUAGUAUUGGUAUAUCUGUUGGUUUAUUUGCAUCAACAUUAUUCGUUUAUCCAUUUGGUAAGACUGGGAGUUUAUUCAGUUUAUAA